AACAUUUUUGAUUUGAUUCUGCGUUUCCAGGCUCUCGCUACCUUGGCCCUUUGCUUCUUUCAUUGUGUAUCGAAUCAAGCUAGCUUGAGAAGAGGUCCCGGACCGCCAGCUUAAAGGAGAGGCGAAUAGGGUGUUAUACUUCGUCUGGUGAUAUAUCAACUGCUAUAAGAACUCCUUCAAGCAAGACUAUUGGACAUUACUUAAAAUUAUCUUGUAAUGAGCACUUCAUUUUUUGGCAUGAAGGAUAGAGAAUGCCAGCAGGAAUAGCUUUGCUCCUUCAUACUUUAGCCAGAACUGCACAGAUUAAGAGCAAACGCCAUGCCAAGGUUUUUGGCAUUUCGAAAUAUUAGGAAAGUUUCACACUCCCUUCUUGGAAACCAGAAAGCUAGCUACCCACAAGUACAGAAACAUGGGGCACUUGUUACGGUUGGAUUACCUUCCUCUUGCAGAUUAUUCUCACAGUACAAAUUUUCGAAUAGAGGGAAUGUUUCAUUUUCACUAUACAAAGCAAAGGAUAAUUUAUACAAGAGUGGUUGUUCCAAGAACUUCUCUGUCAUGCCAAAAAGUAAUGCUUUGAAAUAUCAUGCUCACACUGCUUGGAAUAGGCUUUCAAAAUUAUGUUCUUACAGCGGCCCAGCAUUUCCACCAGUAAGUAGGAUUGCCUGUGCUGUGAGCUUGGCACUGACCAGAUCACAUCUUAUAGCUCCUAGUGUUUUUGCCUUUGUUCUUGGUGAGGUAGCAUGGACACAGAAAGCUUGUGCAGAUGUGGAGUACUUCCCAACAAGGAACACUUUAUACAUGCAUGCACAGGACGGGCAUGUAUUUAUGGCAUCAUUUUUGUUCUCGGUUUUGGAAUAUUUUAUUUUAUUUCUGAGGUCUAUCUUUUUAGCAAUUUUGUUAUCCCCUAGUGUAGCAAUGGCACCAUUUUCAGAUUCUUUUGGUGUUGAGUUUAGGAAAAUGUGGCUUCAUAUUGUCCGCCUUACACUUGAAAAAGCGGGUCCAGCGUUCAUAAAAUGGGGCCAAUGGGCUGCUACACGACCUGAUCUCUUCCCAAGAGAUCUUUGUACUGAGCUUUCAAAGCUUCACAGCAAAGCACCAGCACAUAGUUUUGCCUAUACAAAAAGAACUGUUGAGCAAGCAUUUGGUCGCAAGCUUCUAGAAAUUUUUGAAGAUUUUGAAGAGGAACCUUUAGCAUCUGGAAGUGUUGCCCAAGUGCAUAGAGCUUCAUUGAGAUUUCGACACCACAGUCAACAUAGCAAGCCCUCUGUAGUUGCUGUGAAAGUUAGACAUCCUGGCGUUGCUGAUUCAAUUAGGAGGGAUUUCAUGAUUAUAAAUUUGUUUGCUAAAAUUUCAAUGUUCAUUCCUACCUUGAAGUGGUUGAGACUGGAUGAAAGUGUGCAACAGUUUGCUGUCUUCAUGAUGUCUCAAGUUGACCUUGCAAGAGAAGCUGCCCAUUUGAAUCGUUUUAUUUAUAAUUUUCGGAGAUGGAAGGAUGUAUCCUUCCCAAAGCCUUUGUAUCCACUAGUGCAUCCUGCUGUCUUGGUGGAGACUUUUGAGCCUGGAGAAUGUGUUUCCCAUUAUGUUGAUGAGCUGGAAGGAAAUGAUCGAAUUAAAAGCGCACUUGCUCACAUUGGGACGCAUGCACUUCUGAAGAUGCUUCUGGUGGACAAUUUUAUCCAUGCAGACAUGCAUCCUGGAAAUAUCCUUGUCCGAGUAGCUCAGAGCAAAUCUUCACAUAGACGGCUCUUCAAAUCCAAGCCUCACGUCAUUUUCCUUGAUGUGGGCAUGACUGCUGAGCUUUCUAAAAGCGAUCGUGUGAAUUUACUGGAUUUUUUUAAAGCUGUUGCUCUUCGAGAUGGCCGCACUGCUGCAGAAUGCACACUGAGAUUAUCAAAACAACAGAAUUGCCCAAAUCCACAGGCCUUCAUUGAGGAAGUGAAAACGUCAUUUGAUUUCUGGGGUACCGCAGAAGGCGAUUUUGUCCAUCCUGCUGAGUGCAUUGAGCAAUUGCUUGAGAAAGUUCGGCGUCAUAAAGUUAACAUUGAUGGCAAUGUUUGCACUGUGAUGGUGACCACUUUGGUGCUCGAGGGCUGGCAGAGGAAGCUCGAUCCAGAAUAUGAUGUGAUGCGUACACUGCAGACUCUGCUAUUCAGAGCAGACUGGGCAGAAUCUCUGUCUUAUACAAUUGAAGGAUUGAUGGCUCCGUGAGAGGAUCUCAUCUCUUACUGUACUUCCCAACAAUUUUGACUGUUCAAAAUAUAAGAAGAUACAUCUUGUGGUCCAGAGAAAAUACAAUUGAGGUGUAGUUAUUAAGCCUGUAUAUCCAACUUUUUGGCUGUAACCCCCCUCCCCCCCCUCUUUUUAAUCAGUAAUGAAGAGGUUUAUUGAAAAGGAAGAAGUACACAAGAUGGACAAAAGCCAAUGCAGCUAGCAAAAACCUAAGAGAUAACAGGAAGAAGACCAACAUGGCGAUUACAUUCUUUCCAGAAGUUCACCCCUCUGGACUUUAUUACUAGCUAUUCAUAUUUUCUUUGGGAUAUGGUUCUGAAUAAGAAACUUGUUCCAUCAUUUAUUUCUGAUUUUUUUUUCUCACCUGUACUAUUUGAUUUCAACUACAGAAUUCAUGAAAAAUAACAAUAAAGAAAGGGUAAUAGAGA